CGACAAUAUUUAAUUUAUUUCUGACUCUCUGUACUGUGGAUUUUACUUGCAGUUGCUUGACGUGGCAGUAAUAGUUAAGUGCAACAUCUAUUACUAGUAGAUUUAGGCAAUCAAAUUCGGACUGAGCUUCGACAUGUCGGGUCUCACAUUCGUCGACCCGGACGAGUACGGGGCGGACACUCAAGGCACACAGUACGGAUACAACGACUUUACAUUGCCGUCUCAAACCCAAACACAGACCCAAACACAGACGCAGACACAAGCGCAGACACAGACCCAGGCACAAUACAACACGCAAACACAAAGUCAGACACAGAACCAGUCCCAGUCGCAGUAUGGUUCACAAACGCAGUCACAACUGACGCAAGAUCAGCAGACUCAGCCGACACAGACUCUCAGUCAGGAUGGGGAUGGUGUGGAUGCGGUGAAUGCAGCGCUGGAUAAGUUGGCGUUUGAAGAGCUGGUAGACGAAGCCGAUGAAGAGCUCGAGGAACAAAUCAACUGGGCUGAUCUACCCGAGGAUGCAUGCAAGUACUGUGGCAUCCACAACCCACAGUCGGUGGUCAAGUGUGUAACCUGCAACAAAUGGUUCUGCAACUCACGCGGGACCACCAGUGCCUCGCAUAUCAUCAAUCACUUGGUGCGCGCUAAGCACAAAGAGCUGCAGCUGCAUCACGAGGGUCCCUUGGGGGAUACCAUCCUGGAGUGCUACAACUGCGGGUGCCGCAACCUGUUUCUGCUGGGGUUCAUCCCUGCCAAGAGUGACUCGGUGGUUGUGUUGUUAUGCAGACAGCCAUGCUCGUCCCAAAGCAACAUGAAGGACGCCAACUGGGAUGUCAACCAGUGGCAGCCGCUGAUUGACGACCGCACCCUGUUGCCCUGGCUGGUCAAGGUACCGACGGAAGCUGAGCAAGCACGUGCGCGUCAAAUCUCGUCGAACGUCAUCAUGAAGCUGGAAGAGAUGUGGCGUGACAGACCCACUGCUACACUGGAGGACUUGGAAACACUGGAGAGUGGCGGCGAUGGGGACGAGCCCAAUGCCGUACUUAUCCGGUACGAUGAUGCGUACCAGUAUCAGAACACCUUUGGCCCAUUGGUGAAGCUGGAGAGCGACUAUGACAAGAAGGCCAAGGAACAGCUCACGCAGAGAGGUAUCGUCGUACGUUGGGACACGGGGUUGAACAAGAAAAUGAUUGCCAACUUCCAUCUGACCUCGAGAGAUGAUUUGCGACUGAUGAAAGGAGAUGAAAUCAUUCUCAGGUACGAAGGAGAACUGCGUGGGCUAUGGGAGGGUGUUGGAUAUAUCAUCCGUACCCCCAACCAAGGUGUUGACGAUGAAAUCGCUGUAGAAUUGCGCUCAUCUGCACACGUGCCUACGGAAUGCACACACAACUUCGUAGUGGACUUUGUCUGGAAAGCCACGUCCUUCGACCGCAUGCAAAAUGCGCUGAAGACCUUUGCGGUUGACGAGACGUCUGUCAGCGGAUACAUCUACCAUCAGCUGCUGGGCCAUGAUGUGGAGCCGCAGACUAUCAAGUGCACUCUUCCGAAGCGCUUCUCUGUGCCCGGUCUCCCAGAGCUAAAUCACUCGCAGGUGUCGGCCGUGAAGUCUGUGCUACAGCGUCCCCUGUCGUUGAUCCAAGGACCACCGGGUACUGGCAAGACGGUGACCUCAGCGACUAUCGUCUACCACUUGGCUCAGCAAUCGCACACCCAGGUGUUGGUGUGUGCACCAAGUAACAUUGCUGUGGACCAGUUAACCGAAAAAAUCCACAAGACGGGUCUCAAAGUGGUGCGUUUGAUGGCCAAGAGUCGUGAAGCCAUCGACUCGAGUGUCAGCUUCUUAGCACUGCACAAGCAAGUGCUGGGCAAUUCCAACUAUCCCGAACUGCAGAAGCUCUCGCUACUUAAGGACGAGAUGGGCGAACUGUCUCAGUCCGAUGAGAAGAGAUUCCGGUCGUUACUAUGGGCCUGUGAGAAGGAGCUGCUUAACAACGCCGAUGUCAUCUGCACCACGUGUACGGGUGCGGGCGAUGCGCGACUGUCCAAACUGAAGUUUCGUUGUGUGUUGAUUGAUGAGUCCACUCAGUCCACUGAGCCUGAGUGUCUCAUUCCGCUAGUACUGGGCACUCGUCAAGUUGUGCUAGUGGGAGAUCACUGCCAGCUGGGUCCAGUGGUGAUGUGCAAGCGGGCGGCAGGGGCUGGUCUGUCGCAGUCUCUGUUUGAGCGAUUGAUUAUUUUGGGAAUGCGGCCGAAUCGUUUGCAGGUGCAAUACCGUAUGCACCCGUGCUUGUCGUAUUUCUCGUCCAACAUGUUCUACGAAGGGUCGCUGCAGGAUGGUGUCACGUCCACGGAACGAGAGACUGACUACGACUUCCCAUGGCCCGAUCCUCGGAAGCCUAUGUUCUUCUGGUACACCAUUGGUCAAGAGGAAAUCUCUACUUCGGGCACUUCGUAUCUCAAUCGCACCGAAGCCACUCGAGUGGAAAAAUGUGUAACGCAGAUGUUGAAGAGUGGCAUUCUUCCUGAGCAGAUCGGUGUCAUCACUCCGUACGAAGGGCAGCGCAGCUACUUGACUCAGUUCAUGGCCUACAACGGUCCCAUGCGCUCAAAGCUGUACGAGGAGGUUGAAGUAGCCAGUGUCGAUGCCUUCCAGGGUCGCGAGAAGGACUUCAUCAUUUUGUCGUGUGUGCGUUCCAAUGAGAAGAUGGGCAUCGGAUUCUUGAACGAUCCGCGUCGCCUCAAUGUGGCGCUGACCAGAGCCAAGUCAGGUGUUAUCGUCAUAGGAAACCCCAAGGUGCUACACAAGCAGGCCCUGUGGAAUGCUCUGCUUGUGAUGUACAAGGAGAGCAACCUGCUGGUAGAAGGGCCCCUCAGUAACUUGAAAGCCAGCAGUAUGAUGAUUGCUGCACCGCGUGUGCCGCGCCAAAAGCAAUCGAGCUACGCGUACGUGGACCAACAGCGCUACGGCAACGACCAGUACAACGCCAAUGCAAACAUGGGCCAUCAGCAGUACAGCAACGGCCAGGCCUACAUGCAGCACCAGCAGCAACAGCACCAGCACCAGCAGCAACAGCACCACCAUCAGCAACAACAACAACAGCAGCAGCAACACUCGCAGCAAAUGCACCAGCACCAGCACCAGCCCCAGCAGAUGAGCCAGGGCUACGGUGUCCACCAUCCUGGUCUUAGCAUGCAGCCGGUAGAGUACUUCAACACGCGCGAUCCGCUAGGGUUCAUCAACCCUGAGGCGGUGUACCAUCCGUCACUAGUGCAUGCGCCUGUGCCUGUGGGCUACUUGGCUCCGCUGUCGCAGCACAACUUCUACAGUCAGCAGCAGACCACCUCACAGAAUACCCCACACACCAACGCACACACCAACAACCACGCACAGCACAUGGGAGGAGGCCACCAGCACCAGCGCAACGCUGGUAACAACGCCAUGCUGAAAGAGCAAGUGGUGGGCGACAACAUCCAGAGCAUUGAGCUUACACAGGGCUUUGCCGACAGUCAGUUUGAUGGUGCCGAGCCUUUGUCUCAAGAGGAAAUGGACGGCUACCAUACGCAGACCUACUAGCGGAUUGCUGUUUUUACACCUCGCACGUCGUCGACAUGAACCGCUGAUGACCUGCUGAUGGGACGACAUUGUGGCCGUGCGCUUCACUAGCAAUAUGUGACUGUCACAAAAGUAUCAUAAGUGCUGCCACCAGAUAUUAGGGUUUUCCCGUUGGCCUUUGGCAUGGUCUCUGGCGUGGACACUUCUGUCGUGACUUGACGAUUCCUUCCUAUUGACACCGUUGUUGCGUUGUUGGGAUACUUAGCUUGGCACCGUUGUUGGGAUACGACCUCUAUGCUGUCACGGAUCACCUUUCUUGUUGUGGUUCAAGGCGCCCAUUGCGUCUGGAAAUGCUCAAAAUCGCUGCUACGCAGCCGCAUAGAGAAGUUCGACAUCGAAACGUCCACUGCAUGUCUGCAGCGGCAUUGGAGAGCACUUAUUGUAAUCAAAGGUGUGUGGGGGGGGAGCUGGACAGAGAAGUUGGCUCCCACGAAGGAUAUGCAUAGAGUUGCGUACUAGUUUGAUUUUGGAGGCGUAAUGCCUGGACGUGCACUAACAAGUCCAAACGGAGUAUGCAACCAGCAAACGACGUGUUCGCUCAGGCAUUUGCCGCAUUGCAUUGGUCUGUAUAUGAGACGGCUGUGGUAUUCAUAGGCAUAUCUAUGGCCAUAUCUGCUGAGUUAUGGCCACUGCUGCAAUAUGAAUACCGCGCAGCUGCCGCGAAGGAACCGCAAUCAAUUGGUGGAUUGAGUUGUCUUCCUUGGGAAAAUGGCGUCGCUCAAAGUUUGUGAACUCGAAUGAAACUAGUAACUGUCAAGAAGAUUUUAUUUCUAUAGGGCGGGCGGGCAAAUACGCUCAAUAAUAGUUCUUUAGGACAGGCAUUCAAACCGUCAGUAGAGAUUCGAACCUUGAUUCACAUCGAGGACACCUCGGGGGAUUGGCUACACCCGGGGGUGGUUGUGCGUAGCUAACGAGCAUCACGGGAUGUACAGCAGAUAUACUUAAGUAUGAGCCUUCGCAGGCGUAUUCAUGAGUGUAAAUGUAGAGGGAGGCGCUCGAGUACAACCUAGAGGCAAAAUGAAUGCUGCCACCUGCAUGAUCCAAUAAACAUGCUAGAUCUCAAGCACUUUGCCUAUUGGUGUUGACAACCACUGAGAUCAAUUUUGGAGUCUACUGGUAUAGCCAAGGAGCGCAUAUCGAUCUUCAUUGGUAGUCGAUAAUGGCGCCCUUGGAUCCGCCGCUGCCAUUAUGUCUAUCUAUAUGUUAAGAUAUUUUUAUUAGUUCUAAAUGGUUUGGUUGCCUUCCAUUGCUAAUUUUUUUACUCGAGGAGUAUCAUGGUACAAAACCUGUUUUACCAACAAUGUUAUAGGUUGA